AUGGGCGGGUGCUCCUCAGUCCCAGACAAGGCCCAGCGCGAGCGGUCAGAGGCCAUAGACCGUCAGAUUGAAGAAGACUCUAGACAGUUCAAGAAGGAGUGCAAAAUUCUCCUCCUCGGCUCCGGUGAAUCCGGUAAAUCGACGAUUGUCAAACAGAUGAAGAUUAUCCACCAGAAUGGGUACACGCACAACGAGCUACUGUCCUUUCGACCCACCAUAUUCCGCAAUCUCGUAGACUCUGCGCAGGACAUUGUCCUCGCCAUGCGCAAACUCGGCGUAGACCCCGCGCUGCCAGAGAAUCGCCAAAAUGCCGAGAAGAUUAUGGACUACCGAGUCGAUGCCCUCCUUGGCCUUGCCCAACCGGCUGUAGGAGCUUUGCUAGGUUCAGCCAUGCAUGCUGCGAGGAACGGUCGCGACCGCGACGACGAAGACCCGUACGACCGACCGUCGAGGAACAUGAUCAUCUACCCUCCUCGCGACCCAAAAGCGAGCGCGGAAGCAAGCAAAAAGAUUACAUUGGACGCAGAGAUUGCACAGGCGAUUCAUGCCCUAUGGGCAGACCCCAUUAUUUCCGAUCUAAUGGACCACUCGAGCGAUUUCUACCUCAUGGACUCUGCCCCUUACUUCUUCAGCGAAGUUCUUCGGAUAGGCGCGCCAGACUACGUGCCGAACGAAGCAGACGUCUUGCGGGCACGUGCAAAGAGUUCUGGUAUCGCUGAGACAAGAUUUAACAUGGGUCAACUUUCAAUACACAUGUUUGAUGUGGGAGGUCAGCGGUCCGAGCGCAAGAAAUGGAUACACUGCUUCGAGGCAGUCACGUCCAUCAUCUUUUGUGUCGCCCUGAGCGAGUACGAUCAAAUGCUUCUCGAGGCAUCGGGUCAAAACCGAAUGCUCGAGUCUCUCGUCCUUUUCGAGUCUGUCAUUAAUUCACGGUGGUUCGCUCGAACAUCUAUCAUCCUCUUCUUGAACAAGAUCGACGUGUUCAAAGCAAAGCUUCCCCGUGUUCCGCUGGAAAAGUACUUCUCAGACUAUGCGGGCGGCUCCGACGUGAACAAGGCUGCAAAAUACAUUCUAUGGCGGUUCAUGCAAGUUAACCGCGCUCGACUGAGCAUUUAUCCGCAUCUAACCCAAGCCACGGAUACUGGAAACGUCCGACUCGUGUUUGCCGCGGUCAAGGAGACUAUCUUACAAAACGCUUUACGCGACUCCGGCAUUCUCUGA